GGCGAGGCCGCGUGCCUCAGCCGAGAGCCGAUGGGCAGUACGGGGUAGAUGCCACUUAAAUACCCCAAUACCCCCUGUCUUGUCGCCUCUAAUCCGCUGUGAGUCUUGCAUCUUAGUCUCUUGUCCAUAUCGUACAUCAUGGCUCCGAAGCGCCCCAACUUCCUCGUAGUCGUCGCCGACGAUCUGGGCUUCUCUGACAUUGGUUGCUUUGGCGGAGAGAUUCGCACUCCCAAUCUCAACCGUCUGGCUCAAGAGGGCGUUCGCUUUACAGACUUUCACGCUGCGGCAGCAUGCUCCCCCACUCGCGCCAUGAUCAUGACCGGCACCGACCACCACAUCGCCGGUCUAGGUAACCUCGUCGAGUGGACCAACAUCUCUGGUCAAAAUGACCCCAAGGGCGGCGGCAUGAGCACCGCUCCUCAGCGCGGUAUGCCCGGUUACGAAGGCUACCUUAAUGAGCGUGUCGUCGCUCUCCCCGAAGUCCUCCGCGACGGAGGCUACCACACUCUCAUGGCAGGCAAAUGGCACCUAGGUCUCACCCCAGAGCGCUCGCCCUACCGUCGCGGUUUCGACCGUUCUCUCGCCCAUCUCCCAGCCUGCUCCAACCACUACGCCUUUGAACCCCAGCUCCAGGGCGCCGACGAGACCCCUACCUUCCUCGAAGCUAGUUACAUCGCCCUGCACACGGAAGACGACCAAUACGUCAAGAAGCUCCCGGAUGGAUGGUACUCGUCCGACGGCUACGGUGACAAGAUGCGUGAUUACCUGAAAGACUGGCACGAACGCGGCGAUGACCGUCCUUUCUUCGCCUACCUCCCCUUCACAGCGCCCCACUGGCCCCUGCAAGCUCCCCGCGAGUACAUCGACCACUACCGCGGCGUCUACGACGAAGGUCCUGAUGUCCUGCGCCAACGCCGUCUCGAGCGUCUCAAAGCUCUCGGCAUGAUCCCUGACAGCGUUGAACCUCAUCCUGUGGUUGCAGAGGAAGACGAGGCUAAGCCGUGGUCUGAGCUUUCUCUGGAGGAACAGAAAAUGUCCUCCACCGCGAUGGAAGUCUUCGCCGGUAUGGUCGAGUGCAUCGACGCCAAUGUCGGCAAGGUCGUCGACUAUCUCGCCUCCAUUGACGAGCUGGAUAAUACGUUCGUCUGCUUCAUGUCUGACAAUGGUGCCGAGGGCGCAGCCUACGAAGCAUACCCUCUUGUGAAGAGUGGUGUCCUCCCUCAUCUUCAGAAAUACUACGAUAAUUCGCUCGAGAACCUGGGCAACUACAACUCAUUCAUCUGGUACGGCCCGCGGUGGGCGCAGGCAGCUACCGCUCCGUCUAGAUUGUACAAAGCGUACACUACUGAGGGAGGUGUUCGCGUACCUUUCCUCGCUAGAUUCCCUACUUCAGUACAGACGUCUCCUCAAGUCCAGGCUGGUGCUAUAACAGACCAGUUCGCCACAGUCAUGGACCUCGCUCCUACUAUUCUAGAUAUGGCCGGUCUCAAGCACCCCGCACCGACAUACCAGGGACGGGAGAUCGUUCCCAUGCGCGGGAAGUCCAUCUACCCCUGGGCCAAUGGCAGCGCGGCACGAAUCCACCCAGAGGACUUCAUCCAAGGCUGGGAGACCUGUGGUCGUGCAGCCUUGCGCUACGGCGACUGGAAGAUCGUGUAUAUCCCGAAACCAAAGGGGCCAGAGCGUUGGCAGCUGUAUAAUCUGAGGAACGAUCCGGGCGAGGUGCACGACUUGGCCGAGAAUGAGCCGGAGAGGAUGAAGGUGUUGUUGAAGCUGUGGGAUCAGUAUGUGCUUGAGACGGGAGUUAUCCCGUUGAGUCCGGAUCUGGGUGAUUUCCUCGAGGCCAUGGACGAGCAGAUGAAGGAGAAUGUGUGGAUGGAGUUUGACUAUUGGAAGAAGGGGGCGAGGGAGGAGCCGGACAAGUAUACGAGAAAGCCGUUGAGGUUUGGUGGGUUGCAGAAGACGGUGAAGCAGUUUUAGUGUGAUGCAGUGGGAUAUUAUGCUGGUCAUAAUCUUUCAUGGUUUGGUUAUAUGGGAGUUAGAUUUGGAUAUAUGGAUGUAUCUAAACACAGUUGAUAUAGUAUAGAUGUG